AUGUCUACUAACCUCAUAAAUUUAUUAGACAUAGCCUCAGAAAAAUUUGUCCGUCUAGAAAUAAUAACGGCUAUUCCUGAUAUAAUAGGAGAUCAAGAGCAUGAUAAUGUUGCUGUAGAAAUGAGUAGGAUCCUCUCUGAGGAUCAUGAGUUAAUUCCAGCUAUUUUAGAUUGUUUGUCUUACUUAUGUCUCUCGGACGAACAGUAUGAAAAACUGCAGAAAAAGACAAUUAACAUUUUAAUGAGUUUAUCAAAAUGCAAUUAUUUUCCAAAUUUUGUUAAAUUUCUUCUUAUGCCCAGAGGUAUGACUGACUGCAAAUAUUUAGAAGUAAUUAAUGAUCUCAGGAAUGCUUUAGGCUGGUCUACAUCGUUUGGGAACCCUCAAGAUAUUGCAUCGAGUCAAGUACUUACAGCUACGGCUAUAAGAAAUUCUAUGGUUUCUUCUAAAGUUGUUAGUAAUGCUUGGAUGAAAGUUGUUUCUAACUGUAAGGAAAGUUGUGAACAAAAACCUAUUGAUAUUAUUAUAAUGUUAAUUUUGUAUACAACAUCGGAAGAAAAACAGAAACAGGUAGAACUUCUACUAAUGAAGCAGAUUAAAAAUAAUGUUUUAAAAGAAGAUUUAUUAGUAGCUACUUUUAAAACAUUUAAACCAAUAUUGGAAGUCAAUUUGAGAUCAUUAAUUAUUUUAACUAACAGUCUCCUAAAAGCAAAAUCAAAUUUAGAAAUUCAAGAGUUUGCCACAUACAUGUAUACUCAAAUGUUUUCUACAUUAGAAGAAUGUUGCCAGACAAUUAUUGCAGAGCUACUUCAGCUUUGCUCAGAUUGCAAGCAUUGUGUAAUGAAUAUAUUAACUAUCUUGAAUAAUGUAGCAGAGAAAAAUGUCACGAUAUUAAAGCCUCAAUAUUUACAAAUGUUGAUGUUGCUAGAUAGAAUGGAUGAUAUGAACAUAUUUGAAAAACGUGCAGUUUUAAAUUUACUUUGUUGUCUAGCAUAUACCUGUGAAAACUCAGCAAUCAGGGAUGAUGUCCACAUGAUUAUUAGAAAAGAAUUAGGAAGUUCAAAUCCAACUAUUAAAGUUCAAGGUGUAAUAGCUGGCAUAUAUGCAGUCAAAUAUCUUAUGGCUGGUAAAAAUGGUGAAGACACUUCAUUACAUUUAUCAAAUGAUGUUAGCUUCAGUUCUGUGGAUCAAUUUCGCGAAGGAGACCUAAGGGAGGCAGCUCAAAUAGUUGAGCUAAUAAGUAGAAGUACAAGACAGUUUCCCGAUAUGAUUGUUCUCUUUUAUGAUGAACUUUCCAAAUUAUUUGAGCGUCCUAUAGCUAUAAACAAAAAUUUUUUAGUUUGGCUUACUGAUGCCGUCACAAAUGAUUUACAACAAAACUUUAUUGUAGACGAUAUUGAAGACCGACAAUUUGGUAAUAUAAAAUUAUCAAUGCAAUUUUGUCUUAAUAGUGACAGUGAGAUUGAUGAAGUCACAGCCAUUAAUAUUGGAGGAUUAAUAUGGAAAUGUAGCAAUGAUAUUAAUAUAUGUUUACUUUCACCAUUAUUUCAACUUGUACAGGUAUUACAUUUAAGGCAACAUGAUGGUAAUCUGUCCAGUGUUGACGUACUUUUGGGUUGCGCCGUUGUCAUGCCGAUUUGUGAUAUUGAUGAGAUUAAGGACAAGGACAUAGAUGACAUAAGGUUUAUACUGGACUGUUUUGUUUACUGUAUUAAUUGGUUUCGUGAAUUAAUUAAUGCAUUUGCGUCCCAGAAUGAUCCUCAUCUGCAUGCUAAGAUUUUUAAAAGGAUUUUACAAGUGCAGCAAUUAGAAUCUUUAGUUGAACGAAUUCUGCUUACUACGAAUAUUACAUAUAAGAUACCUUCCAAUACGUUAAAUAUAAGCAAAGAUGAUAAAAUAAUACCUAAAGUACAAAGCAAUAAACUAAAGAAUUCAAGUAACGAUGAAUCUAUCCUCCCCGAAACGGGUAGAACUCAAGGAACACAAAAUAGCAAAUCCCUUAAAUCCAAAACAGAUUUCGCUGCUACUGUAUGUUAUAGGCCUCUAUCUUUAAAUGUAACAAAAUUGUUAAAUCAUGCUUUAUCAAAUUGUGAGGAAAUAGAUGACAUCAGUCCAGCGCUAACUAUCGAGGGUUUUAAAUAUAUAAUACGAAAUAUUUGCUUCACCGUUGAACCAAUUUUAAUUUCAAAGUUAAAACAAAAAACGUUUUUUAAUAAGAACGAUACUAACACUAUUUACGAUAAAAGUAAAGCUGGUGAUUAUGCUAAAUGCAUUUAUGAAAGUUUACCUCACCUAAUGGGUCAUUUUAAAUGUAUCAUAUCAGAAAUUGAAAUACUUAGUGAUAGUGCUAGUCAAAAUGAAAGUGAAUUUAUUUAUAAUUCGAAAACAGACGACCUACUUGUUUCAUUAGAAAACAUUUAUAAUUUGCUUGCUGUUUAUUUUAAAUGGAUUGGAUUUAAAAGCGAUAUUGCCCUAUUAAAAACAUCUCUACGCAUUAUAAAUCCAAUGGCAGGUGAUAGUUCUUUAGCAUUCAAAGAUUUGUUAGUUGCGGUCGUAAAAUGUUUCCAGCAAUAUGAAAAGUAUUGUUUGCAACUAUCAACUGCUGUAUCCUUUAUAGAACUUUUAAAGUCACUACAAGGAUAUUCGUCGAGCAGAGAAAUUCAUAUUAUUUUAAAAGAUACUGCGAAUAACUUUUUAUCUAAGCAGUGGAAAGCUCCAAAUGGUGCAUUAGAGAGAGGGUUAUUGUUUAAUAAGAGCAUUGAUAGUCUUGCAAAAAUAUAUUUACUAAGCAAUGAAGUAUUAGAAUUGAAAAACAUAGCACUUUCAUUAUUAAGGGACAUAGAUACAUUAAAAAACAGAAAUAAUUCGUUAAACUCUUUUAAAUCUAUAAACAAAUCUAACUUCCCAGUAUUUUAUAGAAAUUUAGGGACAGCCUUGCACGAAAUAACUAAACUUAACUUAAAUAAAAGGCUCACUAAUGAAGAACAUUUAGACUUAUGGAAAGACGUUACGUAUAUUUUAAAAUGCAUGUCUGAUAUGGCAAAAAGUUUGGACAGUAGAAGUUAUUUGUCAUCGUUUUUCAAAAAAUCCCUCCCCACUAUCAAGCUAUUUUUGUCACAUGGAAUACCAAUUAUAGAGUUACAAUUCAAGAGUCAAACUCAGGAGGCGUUGGAAAUAUUAAAAACGCUUCAGCAAACAACCAGGUUUUUACAGUCGCUUUGCUGUCAUUCUCGAUUGAAAAAAGAUAGCGUACUAAUGAGUAAAGUUCCUUCCAUGAGACAACUACUGGAAACUCUAAUAUACAAAGUAAAAGCUGCAUUGACUGCUAAUAACUGUUCAGAGGCUUUUUGGAUGGGAAAUCUUAAAAAUAAGAAUAUUCAUGGUGAAGUUAUCACGUCGCAACAAAGUGAGGAGGAAUACUCUGUUGAAGAUUGUGAUGAUCAAUUACCGGAAGACGACAGCGAUGAGACAGAUGAUGAAAUGAUGACUCCAGACACAAAAGGUUUAAGUGAUAUAGUUUAA